GCAUUGGGCUGAAACAUGACGGUCGGCCCAUUGGAGCACCCAUUGCCAUUUGCCAACGCCCUGCGGCCUAUCUGUUGUAGCGUAGCGCUGUGUCUUAGUCUUUCGCAAGUGCGUGCCUUUCAUCACUGCCCGAAGCUAGCGCGCCUCCCCACGCUCUCACGUUUAAUCGACCUCGGGUUGUCCGUGUCUCUGCCAGGGGAAGAAAUUGGUUGGAAGAUGAGAUCUUCGCGCCUCCUUGCUAUGAUUCUGGUGGCUGGGGCUUUGUUUGCAUUCCUCUUCUUCACGACUAUGGUUUUCAAUGCCGCAGGUCUGACAUUGACCAAUGGAACUGUAAUAGUUAUCCCUGCGCAUGGUAGAAGUACCAUGACCGUCUUCAGAAACAGGAAACACAAGGUUAACAGAUACCUCACCAUCAAUAUCAGAAAUGAUAGAGAUCUAGCAAGCAUCAACAAAGCUGAUUAUCGUGGUACACCUCCAAGUUCAAGAGCAACCAUUGAUCAUGGUCCAAUUGAACAUGGAACUCCUCUUAUGCCAUACAACCCAAGAUCUGUGCCGCCUCCACAACCCUUCCACCCUAAGAAUGGAUCCCCAUGAACAAACUGUUGCUCCUUGCACUAAUCUUGUCUAAAUGUGUAAUCUGAACUUGCUGGGUCUUAGUUUUUCUCAAGUUAGGACAAACCACGCCCAAAAUGCUAGUGGAGUAGACUAAUCCGCAGAUUUGUAAUAAUAUCUUUAAAAUUGCAAGUGCCUAUGCUGGACAUCGACGGCCAUGUUAAACUUUGCUUUGUAUAACUAGUUCCCUACGCUAGUUGGCAUGGAAAUU